CCGCUCCACGUUCGACGGUCUUUAGCGACGGGGAUGUCUAACAUUUCUCACUUCUUCCAUCCAUCAACAACGCGCGUGCCCUCCCGCUAUUCCGAUCGCUUCACCCUCCACACCCGCGCUCUAUCGCCUUCAAUCUUCAUCCGACGCGACUCUACAUCGCUGCGACUCUUAUUCUCGACUCAUUUUCAAGAUGCCCGGCGGAAAGGGAAAGUCGAUUGGUGGAAAGGGUGGUUCCAAGGAGUCUGCGGGGAAGACUCAAAAGUCCCACAGCGCAAAGGCUGGCCUGCAGUUUCCUUGCGGUCGUGUUAAGCGUUUCUUAAAGAACAACACCCAGAACAAGAUGCGCGUUGGUGCCAAGGCCGCCGUCUAUGUCACCGCUGUCCUUGAAUACCUGACCGCAGAAGUCCUGGAACUCGCGGGUAACGCCGCCAAGGACCUCAAGGUCAAGCGUAUCACCCCUCGUCACCUACAGCUCGCAAUCCGUGGUGACGAAGAGUUGGACACCCUGAUCCGUGCCACCAUCGCCUUUGGUGGUGUUUUGCCUCGUAUCAACCGUGCGCUGCUGCUUAAGGUCGAGCAGAAGAAGGGCAAGAAGGAUGUUUAAAUACGGC